GCGGGCUUUAUGAGUGUGUCUGUUAAUGUAGGACAGCCUUCGGAUGUCUUUAGUACUUCAAUGUCAAAUAUAUGUCCGCGCUUGAUAGACUAUUUUGUGCUGGUCGGUUCGCGAUUACCUGGGAACGCAAACUCAGUGCAGUCUCCUGAGAUUCUUUGUCGAUUUCCUCCGACGAACCACAAGGAUUUCCCUCUUCCUACUGAUGUGUCUUUCUUUUGUCAGCCAGAAGGAUGUAUUAAUACUUCCAGCAACACAUUCCCUAUAAAACCUUUGGAUAAUAACCGUGAUGGCAUAAAAUCAAUGACAUUUUUAUUCUCGCUAACUGAUAAGGAUUCCAGUAAAACACGGUAUGGUAUUUGCACCAACUUCUUCAGACCAGUCAACUUUGAAAGUGUGAAUAAAACUACAUAUCCAAAUAGCAAGGAAGGCACGCAUCUUGGUGGUGUAUCUGGCAAUGGACCAGUUUCAUGUUCGGAUGAAAGUAUGCAGGAUAAAUCGUUACCAUUUGGAAAACUAAAAAAUGCAAAUAGUGUCUAUAGCUUAACGUCAAUCUGUUUAAUCACCCACUACCCUUUUGCUACAACGUUUGCACGGCUUGUGCAGUGUGUACAUGCAAUUUUAAAGAAGCUACACAAGUUAUCAAAACCCAGCUGUGUGGAAAGUCCAGAUAUAUGGGAUGUAUUGACAAGUAAUGUUACACUAUCAUGCUCUAAUCCUGUUGUGGAAAGUACGCUCCAGUUCCAAUCUUGGAUUCUUCGGCUUCUCAGUGCACCAGCACCAAUUCCUGGCUGCACAUGUGUAUAUCUUUCAGUUCAACCGCAAAUCUUGGGUUCACCUUUGUGUUUUGCUCUUCCUGAUCAAUCACGUCUUCCUUUGGUUGAUUUUCCUGUGAAUCUGCCUUUUGAAAUUAUGGGUAUCAGGAAAACUUUUCGUUUAAUUAUGUGUCUUCUAUUGGAACAAAAAGUGGUUUUACAAUCAGCUGAUUAUAACAAGUUAUCCUUAACAAUUUUAUCAUUGGUUGCAUUACUCUAUCCACUUCAAUAUAUGUUCCCAGUUAUUCCUCUUCUACCUGCAUGUAUGCCUGAUGCAGAACAGCUUUUAUUAGCGCCUACACCCUAUUUAAUCGGUGUUCCAACAGCAUUUUAUACUGCACGGAAAAUUUUUCGUAUGCCUAAAGAUGUUUGGUUAGCUGAUUUGGAUACUUGUGAAUUAUCUUAUCCUAUGGUGGUUGAUGAAAUACCAGAGUUACCUGAAAUAGAAAGUAACAUUCUUAUUAAUCAUUUAAGAAAAUUACUUCAUGAAUUUUCAAGUUCAUCUCAUAUUGAUUUGGAUUUGGAUGAUUCUUCAAAACAUUGGCCUGUUUCUGUAGCACGUACAACUGCAUAUGAGUUAUCGAAAUUUGAUCCUUUAUUGUAUACACUCACAAAAGAUUCUGUUGAUGUCGGUAUACGUGUAUCUAUGAUUCUCUUCUUCAAUACAAACAACAUUCUAGGUGGAUUUACCAAUCAUAUACGUACUUUACGAUUGUUUCCUCGUCCAGUCGUUGCAUUUCAGUAUGAAAGUUUUAUGAAGUCUCGUCCAAAGCCAUGUUUGUUUACUAGCAUGCUUGCGAAAACUCAGGCUGUAGAAUAUUUUGCUGAAUCUUCAAUUUGUGCACUAAAUGAAGCCUAUCAACGUAUCUGUUCAGGUGUUUAUUCCACAGAAUUAAUUGGUGAUAAGUUAUACUGGUAUAAAAAUCAAUUACAACCCGUUGAUUUUGAUUGUUGGGACAAAUUAAUCGAUUAUACCAAUGUUACAGCUACUAAUACACCCAUAUCAAAUCAAUCAUCUCCCAAGUUCAAGCUAUCCUUAUCAAAUUCCAACCAGUCAAUAUUAUUUCAAGCUUUUGAAUUAGCAAAACAUAUUAUAAAUAGACGAUGUUCUGGUGAUAUAAGUACAGAGAUUGAUACAGAUAGCAUAAAUAAUGAUACGAAUAAUUUAUCAAUUGAUGCUCAAACCAAUGAUCUUAUUGGUAUGUUUAAAACCUAUUCCGAUGACUCUGAUUCAAAUCAUUCUUAUGAAAGUGUUGUGUCAAAUCGUAAAAUAUCAAACAAGAUGGAAGAUUGUAUUUUAGUUCAAGCAAAUAAACCAUUGCCUGAUUGUCUAACUGAAUUUUACACUCCACCAACAGAGUUAGUUUAUAGCAAAGAACCUAGUACUACUCGUUGUAGUCUAUCAUUGGGAAAUGCCGAUAUUACAUUGUCGAACUUCUGGAGUCAAUCUUCUGUGAUAACAUCCGAUUCCAGUGGAAAAAUUAAACGGAAUAUUAAUGAACAACUGAUAAAUACGAACACUGGAAUACAAUCUUUAGGAGUGCCCAAUUCAGAAAGUGGUACUUUAACUAGAUCAUCAUCAAUUUCAUCGAAACGUUCAACAAACGAUACUUUACAUCUUGUAUCUCGUUUAUCCUCCUCUAUAUUUGUAGGCAAUGGUAAUGAUUCGAAAAAAAACUCUACCGUAACAUCAAAUAGUUUUGGAGAUGAUAAUUUAAGUUGGGAUACAUCUGUUACUUUAUUAUUUGGUGAUUUGUUAAAAUCAAGUCGUCUCCGAAGUGUAGCAUUCAAAGAUGUUCCACUUUCUGCUUUACAAAUGCAUAAAAGACGAUUGGAAAAUGAACGUACAAUCAUUGAUCUGUCAAAAUCCAUUAAACAAGGUCGAAUACCAAAUAUAUUUUCACGUAAUCAAAUUAACACAUUAUUACACGAUGAAAAUUAUCGAAAUUUAUUAAUAGCUCGUAUCAAUGAUAAUCUCUCAAAAGAUGUCCUACCAAAUCAAUUGCAUAUUGAUGAUGUGCCUAUUCAACAAUGGGAUCAAUAUAAAGCACUUUUAUGGACACUUAAACAAAUGAUCAAUGGUUUAGAAUAUAGUUUUCGACCGGAUAUUGUAUUUCCAACUACAAAUCAAUAUGAUCGCAUUACUAGAGAUAAAUCACCAUCGUCAAAUAUUUCAAAUCCAUUGAAUAAUAGUAGUUGGUUAUCCUAUUCUACUGGUAUUUUGAAAAGUGGUGGUUUAGCGUCAGCGUUUAUGCUUAUGGAAGUUGCACAUACACAUUUCUAUCGGUUGCCUAAUCGAACAGGGCACACAGAUAAUAAUCAUGAUGAAAAAUUUGUUUGGAAUAGCAUGCCAACUACACCCACAACGGAAUCGAGGUCACCUAUAUCAGCAAGAAGAUUAGUUGGUAAUGAUUUUUCUUCAUUUCGAUAUCAAAAUAAUCGAUUAGAUUUAUCGGACUGUGAAUCAUACAGUGAAAAUGGUUCAAAACUAGAGCUAUUUCGUGGUCGUGGUCGUCAUCAAUUUACCAAUGUUAUUGUAACAAUGAGUGAACCAUCAUCGGAUAGAGAAGAUAAUGAACAAAUUCAAUUAAAACCUAUAUUUAAAUCAGAUAGUACUGAUAUUAUUAAACAUAAUAUUCAACCAUUAAAUAAUACAAAACACAAUACUAUCAAUAUUGGUCAUACUGGGAGUUGUAUUACAAUGAAUCAACAUAAUAAUGAUUGUGAAAAAUUCGAUAAAUUAUUUGCUUCUGAUGCUAAACUCCAUGAAUCAAUGAGUAAAUUAAAACUACAUCAUGAUCAUGUGAAUGACACCAACGAUGAUAAUAUACCAUCAGAUUAUGUACCAGAAUUGCCUAAUCGUAAAAGUCAACGAAGUUUUGGCUAUAGAUAUUAUCAAUCUCAUUUAAUUUUAACGGAUUCAUCAAUCAUAUCCAAUUCAUCUGAUAAUACAAACAAUCAUACUCCAUGUACAAUAUUUACUUCUUCAUUCAAUACAUAUACACCACCAGCAGUUUAUUGUUCUGAUAUAAAAUUUCAUUUUAAUGAUAUAGAAUUCAAUAAUAACACUAUCAAUAAUCAACAUCAACAACAAAGAAAACAAUCAGAAUAUCCUAUAUAUAAAUUAAUUAUGUUAAUACCAACUCCAUCACCACCAAAUUUAUCAUCCAUUAUAACAAUAUCUUCAUCUAAAAUAAAAAAAGUACCAUGGACUUAUUUAUAUGAAGAUAUUUUUGAUAAUGAAUGGUAUAAAAGUAAACUAUUGAAUAAUUUACAAUUUUGGGAAGAUUCUUUUUUAGAUACAGUUGCACAAGAACGAGAUAUACUUGGUAUGGAUUUUCGACCUAAAGAACUUUUAUUAAAAUAUCAAAAUGCUUCAUUAUUAAAACGUAAACAAAUGGAAUUAGAAGAAGAUUAUUUAUUAGUUAAUAUCAUGCAUAAUAUGAUUGCAUUUAUGUUAAUGGCUAAUGUAGAUCGUUUAUCUAUACGUAAAAAAUUACAACGUUUAUUAGCUAAAAGUCAUACAGGUUUACAUUAUUCAAGAAAAAUUAAUGAUUUAUUAAAUUCAUUAAAUUAUUUAAAUGGGAACGAUAUUGAUUUAAAUGUGGCUCAAAGUCGUUUUAUUGUACAACGUUCACAUGAAGCCUAUCGUGGUUCAGAUGACAGUGGUGAACUAAUAUUUCUUGAAGUUUGUUCUGAUUAUCUAUUAAUUCGUAAUUUAUCUGGACGUAUAUUAGAACGUUUAUGGUAUGAUCAAGUGAUCAAUUUAACGUAUAGAUCACAUUCACAUAUAUUAUGUAUUACAAGACAAAUAUUGGAUCAUUCACAAAUGGAUUUAUUUUAUACUCGUAAAUCUCGUUUAGUAUAUCAACAGAUCAAAGAAUCAAUGAAAAAUAUCUCUGUAGAAUCUUCACAUGGAAUACUAAAUGGUGAUUUGAACGGUGAGAUUAAUGCAACUAAUUUGGACAACAAUCAACCUGGUACUAUUAGCAUCUUACCAGAUGGAUUCGUUAUCAAAUUUGGUGAUGAGCAGAAAUUUAUCAAAUUGCAUAAUAUUAAACGUUGUUGCACAAUAAAAUCAGAAAUAUUUACGAUUGAUGUCUACGAUCAAGAGAAGAAAGCAAUGAUCACUUAUCGAUUUCAGACGGAUAUGGCUUUAAUAAUUUUAAGCUUAUGGAAAAGUAUCAUUGAAUCGGCUCUACGACCUAAAUUGAAGAAUAUGACAAAGUGAUAAUGAUGAUGAUUGACAACUCAUUUAUUUCAAAAUUUUGUAUCACUUUUCUCAAUGUCAUCAUCAUCAUCAUGAUUUAAGUCAUUCAAUUUGCUCUCUGGGAUAAUCUAAAAAGUAAACAAAACAAAUCAAUUAUAUCAUAUCAACUAAUCAUUAUAAGAAUACAUUGGGAUAACAGUUUUGUUGUUGUUACUGUUCGUUGUUGCUUCUUGUUGUUGUUGUUGCUGUUCCCAAAUCAAUACUGUCUGUACAUGUGAAUGUAUUUUGUGUUUGUAAUUGAUUGAUUCUUUUUUGUUUGUUUGUUUGUUUGUUUGUUUUUGAUAUUCUUUUCUUGUAUUUUAUUCUUGUUCAACAGUUCAUUGUCUUCCUUAUAAUAUACAUAUAUACAUUUCAAUAUUCUAUCAUUCUUUAUAAAUGUUGUCAUUAUGAUCAUGUUUACAUAACUCACUUUAGAUUGAAAAGAACAAUGUUGUAUACAUUUUGUUUUUUAUGGUUUACCUUAUGUUUCACAGUUGAAAGUGAUCAAAUUUCCUCUAUUGUGUGUGUGUGUGUUUAUUGUUUUCAGUGCCUGUUGUCAUUAUUCGAUUAUCAUUAAUUACUUACUUACUUACUUACCUAUGGAUGUGACUCCUUGUGAAGGAGCAUAGAUCACCUUCCCAACACUCUUCAUCUAAUCUUGUCCUAGACAAUUCUUUCCAGUUCUUUCUAGUUGUGAUUUAUUGUUUGUUUUUUUUUUCAAUAUCUGCUUUCAUUUCUUAACGUUCAUUAUCAUUAAUACAAUCAUGAUUAUCAUUCAUGUGAUCUGUUUCAAAAGAUACAGUGAUAACUCAUCUAUUCUUUAUUCUUUUCUUCAUUUUCAUUAUGUGUAUGGCAUUUCAAAUAUGUUUCCUCUUGGAUUCAUUUACUUUAUAUUCGAUAUGAUCAUUUAUUUCCUAUUGAUUAUCAAUAAUCUAUAACACUAUGUUGUAUGUUUCUAAUUUUAUUAUUACUGUGAUAUUUAUAUUCUAUUAAUUAGUCUUUCUUUAUCAUUUUCAUUAUUAACAAUGAUACAGAUAAAAAAAUUUUUUUGUUAUUGUGAUGACCGAUUUCCUUCUUUCGUGCCCCCCUCACCACCACCACCACUACUACUACUACCACCACCAGCAUCACUACCAUGUGAGACUCAUUAUUAUCUUUAUAACUGAAGAUGUAAUCUUGAAAUAACUUUUUCGAUUGUUAUUGGUUAUUCAUAUUCUGAUCUGUUACUUUUGUUACUUGAUUUACAUUCCUUCAUAAUAUAUAUGGUGAUGGAUAAGAUUUGUGUAAUUGUAUUUUGCAAAAUCUACACUCUAUUAUUCACAUUACUUUGUAUCUAAUGUGUUAAUGUGAUAUAGCAACUUGAACUGAUGUAUGUAUGUAUGUAUGUAUGUACGCAGUUCUAUGUUGUUGCUGACUAACUGAUUGAUUGAUCAACAUCAUCUUCACAUACACAUUCCUCGUUGUAUAUGUCAAUUUGUUUGAGAAAUAACAUUUCAUCGGUAUUAUUAUUAUUAUUAUUAUUAUUAUUAUUAUUAUUAUUAUUA